AUGCAAUAUUAUAGGGCUCGAGUUCGUGCAAGGGAGUGGAUUGAAGGAUCACAUGCUGAGUCAUAUGCACUUUUGCCAAAGUAUGGAAAUAAGUUAUUAGAAAAAAAUGCAGGGAGCAAUUAUGUGAUAGAAUCUGAAUUGAGAACAGUGCUAUUGAAAGAAGUAAGAGUAUUCAAACGCCUGUUUAUUUGCUUUGAAGCAUGCAAGAAGGGAUUCUUAAAUGGGUGUAGGCCAUUUAUAGGCCUAGAUGGCUGCCACCUUAAAGGACCAUAUGGUGGUGUGUUAUUGGUAGCAAUUUCAGUUGAUGGGAAUAAUGGAUUAUUCCCUGUUGCUUUUGGUGUUGUUGAAUCUGAAUGCAAGGAUAGCUGGAUCUUCUUCUUACAACACUUGCAUGAUUCAAUUUAUACAGAAAUGGAGUUGCCUAUCACAUUCAUGACUGAUAAACAAAAGGGACUCUCCCAAGCAAUAGCACAGAUAUUUUCAUAUGCCAACCAUAGGCAUUGUGCCAGACAUCUGUACAACAACUUUAAAGUGAAUUAUCCUGGUGCACUAUUAAACAGCCAUUUCUGGGCUGCUGUCAAAGCCUACAAUCCCAUUCAGUUCCAGAGGUCAAUGAAUGCCAUGAAGUUUCUCAAUAAGAAAGCCUAUGACUGGUUGAUGAAAAAUCCUGCAUUAGCAUGGGCUAGACAUGCAUUUGACCAUAGGAUCAAGAGUGAUCAUGUCACUAACAAUAUGACAGAGUCUUUCAACCAGUGGAUAGGACAGUCAAGAAGCAAACCAAUCCUUACCUUGAUUGAUGAGAUAAGGUUGAGAUUGAUGGGUAGGUUACAUAAGAGAUAUGAAAUGGGUGUCUCAUUUGUGGGUAGGGUGACACCACAAAUGAAGAAGAGAUUGGACAUAGUACAAAGUGAGUCCAGAUUUUGUACAGUUUAUCCUGCAUCCACAAAUCAAUUUGAGGUACAAGAUGGGAGGUACAAGUUUGUAGUCAAUUUGGAGAAUAGUUAUUGUGAUUGUGGAGUGUGGGGUGCUACAGGACUACCUUGCAAACAUGGUGCAACAUCAAUUAAUUUUAAGAGAAAAAAGAUAGAAGAUUACUGUGAUGAAUAUUUUACAGUAGAAACAUAUCUAGAAGCACAUCAGACCAUGAUACACCCAUUACCAGAUGUAAGCCUCCUAUUGGAUGAUGAUAAUGAUAGCAAUCUUGUCUUGCAGCCUCCACCAUUGAGGAGGUUACCUGGUAGACCACACAAGAGUAGAAGAAAGGAACCUGGUGAAGAUAUUAGGAAGUCCAAAAAAAGUAUCAGAUGUGAUUUCUAUAAGGAAAUAGGGCACAAUAGGAGGGCUUGUCAAAGAGCUCCAGUAGCUGAGAAGGGUUCUUCUUCUAGGAAGAGAUCAAGGUCCAAGAUAUUAUUCCUAAAAGUUUUUAAACAAACUCUAACAGGUUAUGUUUUUAUGUAUGGAAAGCAGAAGAGUAAUAAACAUUGUGAAACCAGCUCAUCUCAAAGGGUGACAAGGUCAACGGCAUCUUCUACAACCUCAGUUGUCACUGCGAUGAUGGUGUUGCUGCUGGCUGCUGCUGCUACUGUUGCUGUUAUGAUGGUGAUAGUGCUGUUGCUGUUAUGA